AUGUCGGAAGACGGUCUGGACGAGGAGCUGAUUGCGCUCGUUGGCGAGGGGCAGUCGAGUCCCCCGGCGUCGCCGGGGCGCGCGCAGCGCCGUUCGACGCUUCUUGGCGACUCUUCGGACGAGGAGGAGGAGAAAGGCAUGUCGUACCCGCUCGAAGGCAUCUACAAGGACGAAGAGGACCGCGAGGAGCUGCUCGCGAUGAACGAGCUGGAGCGCGAAGAGGUGCUUGCGCAGCGCCGUGAUGAGAUCUCGCGUAAGAAUCAGCACGAGCAGCUCGCCGCGAUGGUACGCUCGCAGCAGGCGGCGUCGGGCAAGUCGCGUAAAAGCAAGAUGACCGAGGCGGAGCGCGCGCAACGUCGGAAGCGCUCGCGCGACAUGGCGCGCCGCGAGCUCGAGGACCUCGACGAUCCGUUCGCCGAGUCAGAGGACGAGGACGUGUUUGCCGAGUCAGACUCGGACGCCGACGCGCCGGCGCGCAGGCCGUCGACGACCAAAGCGUCGAAACUCUCGGAACUGCGCCGCAAGCGCCAGGAGCGCCAGCGGGGCGCAUCGCGCCGCGUGGACGAGAGCGACGACGAGCCCGCGCCGCGCCGCCGCCGCGUGCGCGAGGACUCGGACUCGGCGUACGAAAGCGAGUCGGACUACGAAGAGCGCCGGCCGGCGCGGCGCGCGCCGCUCGAGUCCGAGGUGCUGAUCGCCUCGGAGGACGAGCCGCCGUCGCUCGAGCUGCUCAAUGCGAUCCGCGUGGGCCGCGACGAGCUCGAGCGCUUGGUAUUCCUCCCGGCGGGCGCCGAGGCGAUCCGGGGGUGCUUUAUCCGCUGCUCGUGGGGCAUGCGCGACCGGCCCGACGGGAGUAAGGAGCACGUAUACCGCGUCCACCAGAUCACGAGUGUGACGCAGCGCGACGGAAAGUACUACGACGUGAGCAACGACCACUCGGGCCGUUUCCUCAACACCUACAUCUCGUUUUACUGGAACGGAAAAGAGCACAGUGUCGACCUACGCCCGGUCAGCUCGCAGCCGAUCAGCGACUCGGAGCGGCAGCGCUGGAUCGCGGCGCUGAAGGGCAAUGCGACCAAGUUUCCCAGCGCCGCGGCGAUCCAGGACAAGCAGCGUGCGGUCGAGGAAGUGCUUGCCACGCCGCUGACCGAGGAGGACGUGCGCAAGAUUGUCGUGCGCAAGCGCGAGCUGCGCGCCGCGGCCGAGGCGAGCGGCGCAGGCCGCAGUGCCCCGCCGUCGCUUCCCCAGGCGAGCGGCGUGCGGUACGACGAGCACGCCAUGGCGCAGAUCAACGAGCGCAACCGGCGGCAGGACCGCGAGCGCAUCCAGGAGGCGGAGCGCCGCGCGGCGCGUGCCAAGCGCCUCGCGGCGCAAGCCGCCGCGCCCGCGCCCACGGCCGCCGCCGCGCCCGUGUCCCAGGCCGCGGUGUCUGCGGCGCUCGCAUCUGCGCCGAGCGGCACGGCGGUCGUGCCGACGAUCGAUAUCGACCUAGGCGACUUUUAA